AGCUUAUAUAUAACUGCAGCAGAGAUUCUAUAAUUUCGACUGAGUGAAAACAUGUCAUAUCACGCUUCACAAAUCGACCGCCUCUAUGCGAUGGAAAUGCUUUUUAUUUUAAUUUUUAACCGGUAUAAUGAUGAUAAUACGAGAAAACACAUGGCAGUUGGAUUGGUUACUGCGCGUAGUAACGUAUAUAUUCAGUGAGCUACGGUUGUAUCAAUUAUCUAAUAGAAAAACAUAUUUAUAAUAAAACGAAAAUUCAGUGCAAAAAAUGCUCAAAAUGGGUCGUCCAAUAAAAAAAAGGGACGCUGAUACUUCAAUAACAGAAAUUGGAAAUCCGAAAAAUUUGAAAAGAUGCGAACUUGCGAUUUGCGGUGAGGAAAAAAUUUCCGAGGAUGAAGGUUGCUAUAUUUUAGCACUUUGCGGUACUCAUCAGGGUGAAUCAGAAUUCAGAAUCGCUGCAGCUGCUUCGGAUUGUACCAGCUCAGUUUAUUCAGUGGGAGAAAGUGUAAAUAGAAUAAAUAUUCUCAAUGAGAACAACUCUCCUAUCGUCGGUAUCAAAUUCAGUCCUAUAUCUCGAAACAUUGUGUACACUGCCAUGAGAGAUGGCUUUAUCACAGCCUGUGACCUGAGAGCCAAAGGAAAAAUAAUUGCCACCAUCAGAGAUUUCACGCCUGAUGGUAAACUCAGGCCUUUCAGUAGUUUCGACAUAAGCAAUGACGACAGGUAUGCUGUAGCUGGAAGUGAGCAUGUAGGUGGUGAUGCGUUCAUUUUGUUCUGGGAUUUAAGAUACAACAAUGGCAGAAUGAAAGAAAAAAGUGAUUUACUUGGUGGGUACUGGGAGUCUCACAUCGACGAUAUCACAACUCUAUCAUUCCAUCCAACGAAACAAGAUUAUUUGGCCUCUGGAAGUACAGACGGCUUGAUAAAUAUUUUCGACCUUACGCAAGACAGCGAAGAUUCGGCUCUCAAAUAUGCUCUAAAUACAGAAUCGUCAGUUGACAGACUUGGUUGGCUUGACAACGGCAAUAUCUGGUGUACAACCCACACCCAUGAACUACAACUCUGGGAUCGUAAGGAUGCCCAACCAUAUAGAAGAUUUGAGCGCGACUCACUUGGAACUUUUAUGAAUUCCGAUUUGGAUUCUUGCUACGUUGUCAAAAUGCACAACAGCAACGUUUUUGGGCAUCCAUUUUUGUUGGCAGGAUCAACUAAUUUUAACAACGAUCUCAGCGGUUUAAUCGUUGAGGAUGACACGUUAGAGACGUGUUAUGAUUUGCCAGGGAACAAGCAGCUCGUUCGUGACAGCUGGUACGAUGAGAAGACCGGCUGUUUAGUAACCGGCGGUGAAAUGGGAAUCCUAAAUUUUUGGAAAGAAAAUGAGACGACACAAGAGAACAACGUAGCAAAGUCGUUGUCAAAAUUGAGCGUUAAAAAGCGAGAUAAACAAGCAAGGCCAAAGCCUUAUUGAGUGUGAAUAUGCACGAUAUCGAAUGUAUAUGUAAAAAUAAUUUUCCAUAUUUUUGUAAAAUACAUAGUAUUAAGAAUCUGAAAUAGUAUUUUUUUUUAUCAAUAUUUCAUGUACACUAUUUCACGAGACACGAAUAAAUGAUUAAAUGAGAAGAAAAAAAAAUAAUCUUAAAUAAAAAGUC